UCUGAAAAAAACUGAGAACUCAAGGGUUCAGCAAAAACCCCAUCUUCACUUCACUGCAAGUAACAAAAACAAACAAAAUUAUCGAAAGAUGUCAUUUUUCUUAUCUACUUCACCUCUACUUUCUUCAAAAACUCAAACCCUAAUUCACAACACUUUGGAAUCAAACUCAUCAAUUAGUCUUCUCAGUUCAACAGGUAAAGUCCAUUUUCACAUACCCUUUUCCGAUUUUAAUUAUAAAAAUACAAACUUUAAGCAUAAAGAUUCAUAUAUUGCUUUAUCGGUAAAUAGUAGUAGUAAUUUAUCAUCCACAACAAGUUCAAGAAAAAGAUAUAAAAAACAAAACCAACCUCCAGUUUUAAGUGAAGGAAGAGAUGAUGAUGAUAGUUUAGGUGUUGUUUGUCCUGGCUGUGGUGUUUUUAUGCAAGAUUAUGACCCGGCUUUACCCGGGUUUUUCCAGAAAAAGAAAGUAGUUGAUGUUAUAGAUGAGUUAGUUUUAGAUGAUUUAGAUGACAUUGGGAGUGAGUUAGAAGAUAGUGAUGAAGGGGAUGAGGGUGAAUUGGAAGGUGAAAAUGAUGAUGAUUUGGAUAGUGAAAUGGAGAUUGAAGAUGAUCUCGAUUGGGAUUCAGAUUGGGAACCUGAGUUUGAGGAUGAUGAUGAUGAUUUGAAGGAGUUGGAUGGGUUUACUGCACCGGGUGUGGGAUAUGGAAAUAUAACUGAGGAGGUGAUUGAGAAAGGGAAAAAGAUAAGGGUGUCAAAAUCAGAGAGAAAGAAGUUGGCCCGUGAAGCUCAAGUGGAGAGAGAGGAGGUUACGGUUUGUGCAAGGUGUCAUUCUUUGAGGAACUAUGGGCAGGUGAAGAAUCAGACUGCGGAGAAUUUGAUACCUGAUUUUGAUUUCGAUAAAUUGAUUAGUACCCGUUUGAUGAAACCAACAGGGAAUGCUGAUUCAACAGUUGUGAUCAUGGUUGUUGAUUGUGUAGAUUUUGAUGGGUCGUUUCCAAAACGGGCUGCUAAAUCUUUGUUUGCAGCCUUAGAAGGAGGUCGUGAUAGUGUGCAGAAAAGCAAGAAGUUGCCUAAACUGAUUCUUGUGGCGACAAAAGUUGAUCUUUUACCUUCACAGAUUAGUCCUACUAGAUUAGACAGAUGGGUUCGUCAUCGUGCUAAGGCUCAUGGUGCACCCAGGCUAAACGGGGUGUAUUUGGUCAGUUCACGUAAGGAUUUAGGUGUCAGAAAUUUGCUAACUUUUGUUAAGGAUUUGGCUGGACCUCGAGGGCAUGUGUGGGUAAUUGGGGCACAAAAUGCUGGUAAGUCAACAUUGAUUAACGCACUUGCUAAGAAAGGAGGGGUGAAAGUUUCUAAGCUUACUGAAGCUGCGGUUCCCGGGACGACACUUGGUAUUUUGAGAAUUGGAGGUAUAUUAUCUGCUAAAGCGAAAAUGUACGAUACACCAGGUCUACUGCAUCCAUAUUUAAUGUCCAUGAGAUUGAACCGAGAGGAGCAAAAGAUGGUUGAAAUACGAAAGGAAUUACGGCCUCGAACAUACAGAAUUAAGCAAGGCCAGGCAAUACAUGUUGGUGGUCUGAUGAGACUAGACCUAAACCAAGCAUCUGUGCAGACAAUUUAUGUUACAGUUUGGGCCUCGCCAAAUGUUUCGUUACAUAUGGGGAAGAUUGAAAAUGCAGACGAAACUUGGAACAAGCAUGCUGGUGUUAGAUUGCAGCCCCCAAUUGGUGUAGACCGAGUGCCUGAACUGGGCAAUUGGGAGUCGAGGGAAGUCAAGGUAUCUGGAAUAAGCUGGGACGUGAACAGCAUUGACCUAUCGGCUGCUGGCCUUGGUUGGUUUUCUUUGGGUUUAAAAGGGGAAGCAGCCUUGACAUUGUGGACAUUUGAUGGCAUUGAGAUAACAACCCGAGAACCCUUAGUACUUGAUCGUGCACCAUUUCUCGAAAGACCUGGGUUUUUGCUGCCAAAGGCUAUAUCAGAAGCCCUUGCCAAGCAAAACAAAACUCAGCCCCAAAGCGAAGAUGUUCUGGUCUGAUCUUUACUUUGUGCCUAUAUGAUAUUCAUGCUUGUUCUUCUGACAAAACCAAAAGCAGUCAAUGGUACGUUGCCAUUUUUUUCUACAAGCAUGCGAGGUUUCUAUCCCUAUAGUCACUUGUUAGCAUAUAUGUUCUUGUAAGAAAGUUGAUUUUUUUCGUCCUUUUUGUUACACUAGCUUUGUUGUAUUACCAAAUUGUCCGUACAGUUUUGUAUAAUAUCAUUUUUUGUUAGCGUAAAA